AUGACAAAAAUUACGGGUCAGAAGGAAAACUCAUCUAAUAAUUAUGGGCGGGGCAAGCCUCGACCACCGGUUCCUAUUGAACAACAGAUUGGUUCUCAUGAGGGGGUGUGUGGCAUACACACAAAAGUUGCCCUGAACUUCUCCCAUCACUUUCAGUAUCAUAAAAUCUGCGGUUUCCGGGCCCUUGAUUUUGUGGCCGGCAUGGUGGACACCAGAAGAAUGGCGAGCUUUUUGGAUCCAAGUAAAGAUCCAAACAUCGGGUCUUCCCGUGGUAGUAACCAGACAUCCACUGUUGAUUCUACGCUCAACUCCCUCGGGGUAGAGACAUCUACCUCUGCUGCCGCCCUUCUUACAACUUUUGCUCCGUCCUUUAUCCUUUUUACCUUCUGGACUGCAUUGUUCAUUAUCUGCCGGCGGAGUCAGCGACGAUUCUAUGCUCCCAGGUCCUAUUUAGGAAAUAUACAUGAACAGUACAAUAUCCCUAACCUUUGCCCUCCUUUUUCUUCCAUGCUUAUUGAGACCAUUCUCACAAUUUGCCCUCUUCCAGUGAGCGAAGUCCAGAGUUACCUUCGGGUUGGCUGA